AUGCUGUCGGAAGGGUACAUCAGUGGACUUGCCUACCGGAAUGACACCCCCUGGAAUUGUGCAUCUUAUAAUGAGAACGUGGCUGAGGAAGAGGUAGAAGAGACUAACUCUGCUGCUCUUUGCUAUUCCUCUGUGGAUGAAUCCCAAGUCGGAAGUCUCUACCUGAGCUGCAAAUCCUCUGGCAAGUUCAUUUCUUCAGUGCAUUCAAGAGAGAGCCAACACAGUAGAAACCAGAGAAUCACAGUGUUACAGACAAAUCCCAACCCCUUGUUUGAAAGCCCCAACUUGGCUGCAGUUGAAAUCUGUAGACACCCCAGCAGAGAGACCUACUUGGUUCCACCUUCCUGCAAAAGUAUUUGCAAGAAUUACAAUGACUUACAUAUUGCAGGGGGCCAAGUGAUGGCCAUUAGUUCAGUGACCAGAGAUUUUCUCUGUGAGAGUAGUUUUGAAUCCGGCCCUUUGCUGAAAUCAUCUGAGAUUCCUUUGCCGAUGGAGGAUUCCAUUUCUACUCAGCCCAGUGACUUGCCCCAAAAACCUAUCCAGCGGUAUUCAUCCUACUGGAGAAUAACCAGCAUCAAGGAGAAAAACAGCCUGCAAAUGCAGAAGCCUAUUUCUAAUGCUGUGCUGAACGAGUAUCUGGAACAGAAGGUGGUGGAGUUAUAUAAACAGUACAUUAUGGAUACAGUGUUUCAGGACAGUUCCCCUACCCAGAUUCUGGCAUCUGAACUCAUCAUGACAAGUGUGGACCAAAUUAGCCUCCAAGUGUCGAGAGAGAAGAAUCUGGAGACCUCAAAAGCCAGGGAUAUAGUCAUUAACCGCCUAUUGCAGUUGGUGUCCACUGAGAUCAGUACUCCUAGUCUCCAUAUUUCACAGUAUAGCAAUGUGAAUCCAUAA